ACCUCUUCAGCAGCCAACUAAUCAAACAGGGCGGAAAUGUAAAAGCUAAGAUGUUGAAUUCUUCGAGUCCAGCCCAGAAGAACCUCAGUGAAGAGGACAGCUCGGGAUCUGAACCGGAGACAGACCGCUUUGGCUUCAUCUUAACCAAUGGGUCCACAGCUGGGAGUUUGGGCCCGCCACCUGAACUGGUCAGGCAGAGGGAGGCCAAGUGGAUAAAGAUCAUUGACCAAUGGGAUCGCAUCUUGUCAAAGAAGAGCAGUAAGGUCAAAGUGCAGUGUCAGAAAGGAAUCCCUGCCUCGCUCAGAGCCAAGUGCUGGCCUCUGCUGUGCGGAGCUGCCAACAGGAUGAAACAGCAUGAAAACCUCUACAAGACUCUGGAUGAGCAGCCGGCUCUGCAGAGCUGGGUGGAUGUGAUCGAGAGAGAUCUGGACCGGCAGUUCCCUUUCCACGAGAUGUUCCAGUCCAAAGACGGACACGGGCAGCGUGGUUUGUUCCGGGUGUUGAAAGCUUACACCCAGUAUCAGCCAGAUGAAGGUUACUGUCAGGCUCAGGGGCCGGUGGCUGCAGUGCUGCUGAUGAACAUGCCUGCUCAGGAGGCCUUCUGGUGUCUGGUUCAGAUCAGUGAGCAAUACCUGCCCGGAUAUUACAGCCCUCUGCUGGAGGGAGUACUGUUCGAUGCGGCCAUGCUGACCUGGGUUUUGAAAAAGACGUGUCCAGCUGCACACAAACAUCUGCAGAACCACGGAGUGGAGCCCCUCAUGUUUGCCACCGACUGGCUGAUGUGUCUGUUCACACGACACCUUCCAUUCAACACGCUUCUCAGAGUCUGGGACCUCUUCUUCUGCUAUGGGGUCCGGGUGCUGCUACAAGUCGCAGCGGUGCUGGUGCGCCGGGUGUUGGGUCGAGCUGAGCAGAGGAAGCAGUGUCAGGGCCAAAUGGAGACUCUGGAGAAGUUGAGGGGUGUUAAGGAGGAGGUCCACGAUGAAGACGACGAAUUCAUAGCAGAGGUGUGCUCUGUGCCACUGUCGGGUAAAGAUUUGGAAAAGCAGACGGAGAAGGAGCUGGAAAAGUGGAGGAAAGAAAAACCAUCGUCCACGUUUGACCCCAGAGGUCGCUGCCAUGGAUACCGGAAGGCGUGGGCUAGAGCUCGGCAGCAUGAAAUUGAGAAGGAGAGGAAAGAGAGAGAGAAAGGGAACCUCUCUGUCCCACUAACUCGCUCAGCCUCCUCUCUCUCACUGUCUCCUUCCCUCCUUCACAAGAAGUGGAGGAAAGCGGGAAAAGGGAACACAGUUGACUCUGAAGGCAGUAACAAAGUAGUGAGGCAUCUUUCAAUGGGAGGAAGGGAGGACUGGAAAAGCUGGAAUGAGUUUGACUUUAAGAAGGUACAAGGAGUCAAAGAGGAGGAGGAUGUAGUUUCAGAGGGACAAAAAGAGGGACAAACUGAACAGAAGGAAAUUUCACAGACACCUGACAAGAUUCAAGAAACCAAAAAUAUCCAAACAGAAGAAACAGCAGCAGGAAAGGAACAGACUGAAAACACGGAAAAAGGAGUUGCUGAAAUUGAGGAAAGCAGUGUCAAAGAGACAGAAACAGGUGAUGUUAGAGAGAUGGAGAAAAGUGUUCUGACUGAGAUAAAUGAAAGCAAAAUGCUUUCAGAACAAGAAGAAAAGAUAGGGUCCAAAGAUAGGCCAAAUCAGACUGUUGAAAAUAUUAUUCAUCCCCCUGAUUAUGCACCUCACUGUGAAAAAGAAGAAAAGCUGGACGCAGAGAGUGAAUCACAAGUGCUAGAAGAACAAAGUCAUAUAAGCAAAGACCAGGAAGUAGAGCUCAAAGACACAAAUGAAGAGGCAGAGAAACACGUGGUUGCUGUGGAGGAAAACCACAGUGAGACACAGAGAAUAGCCGAAGCAGAUACAAACACAGAGGACGAGAUGCAAAUAGGUGUAAACGCAGGCGAGGAGCAGAGGAUACAAGCUGACGUGAAAUCAGAAGAGAGUGCUGACACUGAAAGUGUGCAACAGGUGGAGAUGAACACAGACGUUACGGAGUCUAAAAGUGAGACAAGUGUGGACACAGACAGAGGUGUUGAAGCUUUAACUGUUGAUGAUCAGAAUAGUGCAGCAGAGGCAGAAACACAACAGGAAAAGGAAGAGCUGAUCGAGGAGACAGAAAAAGGUGCACUUGAAGUAAAAUACCACAGUACUGAGUCAUUAGUACAAACAGAAAAGGAAGCAGAGUCCCACACCCAAAGAGACACAGAAAAUGAGGUUCUGACACAUAAUCAGGAAAAUUCAGCCACACAGUGCGAUACAAAGGUAGAAAUUACAGAAGUAGAUUCAGAACAACGAGUAGAUUCAAAGACAGAAAUGGAGCUAGAAGAAGAAAUAUUAAUGCUGUCUUCAUCUGAUUGCACUCAACAAAAAGAAAGCACUGGUGCAGUAGAUGAUACAGAGACUAAAGCUGAGAUAACAGUAGGAAAAGACACAGUGGAGGCGUCAAAUAAGGCAACAGAAGAAAUUAUUUUGAAUGUACACUCGGAGGCACAGGUUGAAAGUGAUUCAUGCAUCUGUACUCAAAAAAUAACAGAGGAAACACCAACAGAAACUCAGACUUAUGAGAAGCCUGCAGACUCUGCAACACCCAUGGAAACGGAAGAGUCUUCAGCACCAGCUGAUCAGCUCAACCACACCAGUGAGCCUGAUGAGGAGAGUUCAGUACAAAUUAGUACCUCUGAGACACAAGCACCUGAAGAGACAACAAGCCAGGUUACUGUGGAUCCUGAAGACUCAAAUCAAAAGGUUCAACAAGUGGAGCCCGCGCAGGAGGAAGAAAUUACUGAAAAGGUUAAACAAACUCCAGCAGGAGAGGACAAUGUCUUCAUUUCUUCUGAGCCAACAAAUGUUCCCCAAGUCCAAUGUUCUCAAUCUACAAAAGAGCCCCCGGUACAAACCCCUGAGCGUCACAGCAGUCGAUCAUCUGCUGAUUUCUGCGUUCGCAAGUCAUCCACCUCACGUAGCUCCAGGCUAGCCCGCAGGCUUUCCGAGGAUCUCUUCACCACCCCCCAGAAAACUUCAGAAAAUCAACCAGAAGCCAAACUCACAGAGUCACAGUGCAAUCCUAAAGCUGUGACCUCAAAACAAGCUGCUCUUGAUCUGUUGCCGCCUGCAGCAGCAGCAGCAGCAGCAGCAACAACAGAGGAAGCCCCCACACAGCAGCAGCCACAGCCCGACACCCCUAAACGUUUUGGUCUCUUCCGCAGACUGAGAGGUGAGCAGCACAAAGACAACAAGGCUAAGAAGGCACCCAAAAUGCAAGUGCCGAAAAUCUUGAUUCAAGACUUCAGUAAUAUGCCAGGGACUGGGAAUGCAGCUGAGGAAGAGGCGGAGGACAAACUGAACUCCAAGGAGAGGAGGCGGCGGCGGAGGGAGCAAGAAAGAAAGGAGAAGGAAGAGGAGAGGUUGAAAAAGAAGAAAGAGAAGGAGCUGGAGAAAGGGAAGGGAAAGGAGAGGAAGAAGCCACAGACGAGAGGGAAAAGUUUUCAAGUGCAAAAAGAGAAAAGUAGUGACGCCGCUGCUCAUCCUGCAAAGACUGACUCACAGACAAUUCACAGACAUUCUGCUGGUUAUGCCGAGGCUUAUUUUUGACAUUACUCAGAUUCUGCAUCACUGCCUUUCUCUCUUUGAGCUCCACAUUGGUGGAUAUGUGGAAUUCCCUCAUCCUAAAUAUUUCUCAUACUUGAACAUUUCGACAUGUAAAUAAAUAAUAAAUGAUGUUUACAUACAUUGAAAAA